CGGAAGCAAAAUGAAGCGGGGAAAGGAUUUGCCAAAUAUUAGUAAACCAUGACAUCAUCGACGAGGUUGAACCUGCAUCCUGUUUGUUGCUUGCGUUCCGACUCCCACCAUGCUCUCCAUUGCUCGAACUGCCUUGCGACCUGCAUUCUCUCGUCGCUCUCUUGCUGGAGUAGUGCGUCUGGCUUCUCUCCAUACCGUUCCCGACUUGCCCUAUGCAUACAAUGCUCUUGAACCUUUCAUUUCGGAGGAAAUUAUGAAGCUUCAUCAUCAAAAGCACCACCAGGCAUAUGUAAAUGGCCUUAACGCUGCUGAGGAGGCGUAUGCCAAAUCGACUUCGACCAAGGAUCAUAUCGCCUUGCAGAGUGCGUUAAAGUUUAACGGCGGUGGACACAUCAACCACUCUUUGUUCUGGAAGAACUUGGCUCCCGCCGCUGAAGAGGGUGGAAAACUCGAGAGUGGCCCACUCAAGACUCUUAUUGAGCGUGACUUUGGCUCCUUUGAAGCCUUCAAGAAAGAGUUCAAUACCAAAACAGCUGCUAUCCAAGGCAGUGGAUGGGGUUGGCUGGGGUACGACUCAAAGUCCGGCAAGUUGGACAUUGUCACUACCGCCAAUCAAGACCCUCUCAUCACGCAUACUCCCCUCAUUGGUGUUGAUAUCUGGGAACAUGCCUUUUAUCUCCAAUACAAGAACGUAAAGCCUGAUUAUCUCAAUGCCAUUUGGAAUGUCAUCAACUUCAAAGAGGCCGAACAGCGACUUGCUGAAGCGACUAAAUAGAUCAUCUGUAUAUGUACUAACUUCCGGUUAAUGAAUUGUGACUUACGCGAAGUAAUUUGUCC